CUGUUUAAAGCGUAUGGGCAUGUCGUACGCAGGCAGCAAAGUUUGACUGUCACCAGUGAGAUUUUUUUAUUCAUGAAACGCUGGGAUAAGCGACACUACGUUUAGUUACUUUGUUUUGCUGCUUACGUUUUUCUGUUAUUUUAGUCUUAUUUGCGUGAUGCAUCCUUUAAUGGUGUGUAUUCCUUCCUUCCGAUUUGAGGAUAAUGCAAUGGAAAAAGGAUACACGGUUUUUAAAAUUGAUGUUCUGAUGAGUGGAAGGCAGCAUUCAGUCGAAAAGCGCUACAGUGAAUUCCAUGCACUGCAUAAAAAGCUUAAAAAGUUUAUUAAACCACCUGAGAUGCCAUCAAAGCAUGUGAGGAACUGGGUUCCCAAAGUCCUGGAGCAAAGACGACUUGGACUGGAAGUAUACCUGCAGACUAUAAUCACAGAGAAUGAAGUUCUUCCAAAGAUAUUUCUCGAUUUCCUUAACAUUCGCCACUUUCCUUCUUUGCCAAAAACAGAGAGUUGUGGAUCCUUUGAUGAAACUGAAACAGAAGAAUCAAGUAAACUGUCCCACCAGCCGGUUCUGCUGUUCCUAAGGGAUCCGUAUGUCUUGCCUGCAGCUGAUGAUACGUUUCCAAAUGUGGUUAUUGAAGGAGUUAUUCAUGGUAUAUUCUAUCCAGAUCUUCAACCCAAAUAGACAAUGCAAUGAAUAAGGAAAACUGGACAAAAGGGAUUUUAGAACACUAAAUGUUUUUUUUUAUGAUACCAGCAGACAAUUUUGGCCUAUAUUAUUGCACUAUAAAUAACAAUGACAAGCAAUGAGAUUGGUGCUAUUUAGAAUUAUAAAGUAGAUUCAAAUUGGAUUUAUAGUUGUAUGUUUUCUGAAAUAACGUGAGCCAAACUGGAAUCAAAAUGGAGGAAUGCUGCGUGCUAUUUGAAAGGGAUAUUGCAAAGCUACACUGAAAGCAAAUAAUAAAAACUUGUCUUUGCACUAGUAAGAAGGUUUUGAACUACAGCAGUUUGCAGUAGGAAAAUCAUGGUAACAUGAUCUUACAUUAACACUACCUAGAAUAACUGAUUAAAACUGUGACAAACUCAUGAUAGUUUAAUUUAAGCUGACAUUUUAUAAUACAAUUUCCGUUGUAUUCUAUAUGUACUGUAGAAUGUACAUUUAAAACAAAAAAAAUCUUUGACAGUG